AUGCAGGAACCGGAACCACACUCGGCCUACCCCGACCUCGCCGAUGUCGGCUUCGAGCCUGAUCUCGAGCUCGAAGGCCGGGACGACAGCGAAGAGGACUUUGACACCAACAAAGACGACAACGGCAGCGGCGGCGCCGAAGGUGCGAGCGGCAACAUAAGCGGCCGUUACGCGCCCUCGCCGCGGACAGGGGCCGGCGGCAACGGCGGCAUCGUUUUCGUCUCCCCGGCGUUCAGCCCGUCCCCCGUCCGUGGCCCGCACGGGGGAGGCAGCGGCGACGGGGAGGCGUGGCGAGAUGCCCGCGCGUGCUGCAACGAUAGCGACGACUGGGCUAUCGGAGGGGGUCUCGACGAAGGACCGGAGAUGGGCGACGACCGUGAUUGUACAGGGCGGGGGCGGGGCGGGAGUUCCGCCAGAGGCGACGGGAUCCUGACGGGCGGAGGCCGGCUUUCGCGCGGAAACGGCAGCGGCGCCAUAUGUAUCGGGGGAGGAGGCAGCAGCUGCAGCUUGGGUCAUGCCGGCUGGGUGACCACCACAGAGGAGCUGCGGGGGGACGGGGGCGGGAACUGCUUCGGAGGGGAAGACCUCGCGCUGGGAAAAUCGCUGGAGCACGAUCAUGGGUUCUUCAACCACAAAGAAGACGCCCUCUACCGGAAAGUUGAGGCGAGGAGCACUAAGAGCUCUAAGAACAAGGGCCUGGGGAGGGGCGGCAGCAGCGGGAGCUUGGCGGGAAGGGGCGGCGGGACCGGCGGUGGGGCGGGGUUGGGGGGGCGCAACGGAAGGAAGAGCGGCGGCAGCAGCUUGUUGAAGAUUAGCGAUAGCGCCAGCACUUCUAGCAGCGUGGGCGGGGGUUUUGACGGCGCGGGCGGCAAGAAAGGAAGCGGCAACAAGAUUAACAGGUCGGCUUCGGCGAGCGGGGGAAAGAAGGACACCCUGAAGGCGGGGCUUGACUUCGACGCUCUGGCAGGGAGCGCGAGAAAAAUCAAUCGCAGCCAAAGCUUGCUCUUGGUGCCCAAGCAGCCGCUGUCUCAGGCGAACAUGGCCAGCGAGAGGAAGAGUAAGACCAAGCUGCGCCGCCAGGAGGUGAAGAAGGCCAUGAAGGACAAGGAGGACCGCUGCGACGUCGAGAAGACGGCGGCAGUCGGGCUGUGGCAGACCAGCGGCGGGGAGUGGACUCUCGCUCCAGAUAAAUCCGACGAAAGCUGGGACGCGAGAGCCAGUCUUGCUAAUGGGGGCGACGGCGGGGGUCACAGCUCUUCGUGGCAAGCGCACCCGAACCGGUUGCUGCAAGCGGAGGAGGGGAUACUGGGCCGCAUCAAGAAACUGGCGAGUUGUUAUUGGUCGAGAGUUUCCUUAGGGGUGCCAAGAGGUUUUGAGCGAUUUCUCUCGUUCGCGACGAGCGUGCCUAGGCAGCAGACAGUGGUAGCCGUGGCGGCCUAUCACCCGCGAAUUCGAACCCUUCGCGACACGGGCUCUGAAGCUAACCGCCCCUUGGACAGCAUGGUCCGAAAGGCGCAGACGUCGUUGGCCAAGGCCCUUCGUAAGGGGGGAAAGCUGGUGCUGCUGCCGGGUCUGGAGCUGAGGUACCCCCAGAACGUCGCGGCCCUGCUGGACGAUGCGGCGCAGGCCUGGGAGCACGGCCUGCUGCAUCCCCGGCGCGGGGGCAACAACAUCAGCGUCGCGUCGGGGGUGAAGACACCCCUGGCAUGGACCAAGUCUUGGUCCCCGAUCCAGGUGAUGGAUCUAAGCGGGAACGACUUGGAAGGGAUCGACUCGCUCCUCAUGGUGGAGACGCUCCCCGGCGUGGCGGGGGGUGUCGUUUCGAAGGACGGGGGUGCUGGGAAUCAGUCGGAGGCGGGGGGGCGGCGGACGGCACCGGUGUACCCCCUCGCGGGGCUCCGCGAGCUCAGGCUGAACGGAAACAUGCUGCACGGUCUGCCGGGAAACAUGGCGCUCGUCCUCCCCUCUCUGGAAAAGCUCGAGCUCUCAGGGAACUGGAUCGAGGAGAUCAGGGCGCCGCGCGCGCCGCUGCCCUCGCUGAAGCACCUCGACCUCGGGUACAACAGCCUCCUCGAGCUGCCUGCAGAGGUCUGCCUGGCGAUGCCCUCCCUGGAGGUGCUGCUGCUGCCCAACAACCUGCUGGAGUGGCUCCCCCGGGAGGUGGGGGGGCUGCGGCACCUCAAGAGGCUGGACGUGGGUCGCAACCCCCUGACAUCGCCCCCCGUGGAGGUGGCGGCGAGGGGGCUGGACAGCGUGAAGCGGUACUUCCGGGACGUGGAGGGCAAGCACCGGGACGACGACGACGACGACGAUAUGGUCGCGGAAGAGGUGCAGGUGGAGGUGCCCAACCUCGUCAAGGUCAUAUUCAUCGGGCACGCAGACGCCGGCAAGUCGGAGGUCGUCAAGGGGCUGCUGUCCACCAAGCCCCACACCAACAACGACAGCAGCAUCGUUUCGACGCCUGCCAAUAGCACGCCGUCGUUAUCGGCCACCAGCACGCCCCUGCAACAGCCCCGAAGGCUCGGCGCUGCCCCUAGGACACCGCCGCCGCCGCCGCCGCCGCCCGACGAUGACGACGAGGGCUGGCAGGUGGUAGGCACGGGUCGGCAGCGUUCCCUCCCGGCGUCAAACCCGCCGCCGAACCGGCCCCAGCAUGGACGUUCCGAACCGCCGCCGCACGGCGUUGGCACUCCGGCCUCUGGCCGGGUGAGGGGGUCGGGGACGAAGACAGCGACCGCCCGGAGCGGGGGGGGCGGUGGAGCGGCGGCCGGUGGGACGACGGGGAGGGGAGGGGAGUCGUCGGCGUCGAGGGAGAGGAGGAAGGUGAGAGGCGGCAGCUUUGUGUUGGCUCAAAAGUCGCUCCUGACUCCUGAUUCUCCGGAACAAGUCGCAAUGGACAUCCAAACGGUCACGUACACCCCAACCUCUGGCCACCGAGGCCGGAAACAUUUGGGGGGCGGCGGGGUGGGGGUCGUUCGGCCUGAAGAGGGCGGUAAGGAUAACAGCGACAACGCCGCGGGAGUUGCAACGCCCAAACUGUCGGGAUACGGUGGUGACGGUGGCGGUGAUGGAGACACGAGAAAUAUCACCCUCAAGCUGUGGGACUUUGGCGGCACGGAGGACUUCCACGCCGUGCACGGUCUCUUUUUCUCCGGGCGCGCCCUGUACACUGUGGUGUUCGACCUGCGGCACGUCAACAGAGACGAGAUAGACGAGAGGGUGCAGUUCUGGGUCGACUGUGUCCAGACCAGAGUUCCCGGGUCGCUCAUUCUUCUAGUCGGGACACACGCGGACUGCAUGAGUCCGGCGGAGGCAAAGGCCGAAAUCGACAAGGUUCGGGAGCAGCUCGAGGAGAACGAGAGACGGAUAGUGAGCGGCCUAGAGGCGGCGGAAGACAGCCACGCCGCGGCCGGCCUGAGUCACUUGAGGAACCGGCCCAAGAUCGUUCCGAAAAUGUUCGCCGUCAGCUGCAGGCAUCACCAGGGUUUCAGAGAAUUCCGCGAGCAAGUCCUCAACCUCGCCGGGGACGCGAAGCGUUUCCCCCCCUCCCGGCUACCACCCACUUGGUGGAAAGCCGACCGACUCGUCAAGCAGCGGCGGGAAGAGGGCCACCACAUCAUCAGCGUCGGAGACCUCGUCGUCGGCCUUAGGGACGGCGUUGGUGGAGAGGUUCCGGCGGCCCCCGCCGGGGACGGUCAGAGCUGGGAAGACUCGCGGAACGCGGUUGUUUCGACGCUGGAGUGGCUGAACGACACGUCCGAGGUGGUGUACUUCAACAAGCCGGGCCUCGACGAAUUCGUCAUUCUUCACCCGAGACACCUCAUGAGCGCCAUAAAACAAGUCGUCAGGCGGGACCUGAAAGAGGAGCUCAGUACCCUGGUCCGUCACCACCAGGAGAAGCAGCAGCAGCAGAGACGGCAGCGGCUGUUGGAUACGCCGACGAUGCCGACGCUGCUUCCGCAGACGUCGCCCCCGUGCCCGUCGGACUACCCUCCGCUCGCGCCGUCCUCGACUCCCUCUUCCCGAAGAGCCAGUGGACAGGGUCAACGAGCUGCGGCGCCGGGGGCUCCGCGGUCGCAAGCAUCCAAGGGGGAGCCCCCGUCCCUCGAGGCCGCCCCUGCGGCGGCAGCGGCGGCGGCGGCGGCGUCGACUUCGGCGGUCGCGCCGGCCGGGUCUGAGAACGCCAGGAAAACGGCUAAGAAAAACGCCUCUUCCCCUAAGCCGGGUGGCGAGUCGGCGGGACAAUCCCGCCGAAGCUCGCCAAGAUUCAACCACACAAGCGGUAGAGGCAGCGGGCGCGGGAGCAGCGCGCCCCACCAGAUCGCUGGAGCGUGGGGUCGGGGCGCUGGGCGAGGAGGAAACGUCCCCGUGGUCGGGAGUUCUCCCGCAUCCGCAUCCGCCGCCACCGCCGGCCCCAACGGUGACGGAGGUAGUUGGGCCGCGGCGGUGGGGUACCUGUCGGUGGCCCCGGCUCCGGCGAGGCAGGCAGGGGACGUUUCGAAUCCGUCCCCUGUUACGACGCCGCCGCCUGCUGCUGCUGCUGCCUCCAGUGCCAAUGACAACGACGGCAAGAGGCCGUCUUACCUGGAAACGCUCUCUAAGGGCGCCGCGGUCGACUCCGGCGGUGGCGCCAACAGCAACACCGCGAGAAGAACGUCAUCGGGGGGCAGCAGCCCGGCACCGGUGCCCGAAGCGGUCUUGACCUACCGGGACGAGCAGAGGCUCGACGACGGUUUCGUGAGCAGGGCGGCUAUUGACGCUCUGCUGGAGCCGCUCGCCGAGUUCAACUGCAACCGACUGGAGCGGGAGUUUCUCAUCAGGCUCUUUCAGGAGUCGUGCGUGCUCGUCAAGGCCACGGACGGCCCCCCCUCGAGGCCCGAGACGGGGAAAGGCGCGGCCAAGGUCAAGGGGCCGCCGCGGGGCGUCGUGCGGUCGCAGUCCAUGGGACCAACAGGUUCGAAGAAGAGCGCCUCCGCUGCCGCGAGCAGGGAGCAGGAGGUGGAGUACUUCAUCCCCUGCCUGCUGCCGACCCGACCAAUCGAGUGGACCGCCUCCUGGGUGGCCAACGUUCACUGCGGUAGGCGAUGGCACUUCCAACGGUUCGUGCCCCCUUCCCUCAUGAGCGCGCUCAUCUCGAGGUUCUACGGCAUGGGUAAGAGGGGCUCUGCCAGCCUUUCCAGGCGGAGCAUCUACAUCAAGGUUCCCAUCAGGGGGAACAGUGGCGGCAACGGCGGCACGACCAGGAGGCGAGGAGAGGCGGAGGUUUUCCUAAAGCUGCACCGAGGCGGCCAGCACAACGCCUUACUCUCCAUGCAAAGCCCACGCCUGGAGCUGCUGGCGCAGGCCGAGUCGCAUCGGCGUGAGGGGCUGAUGCGAGGCCUGGAGGGUUUGGUGAAGGAGGUGGACAAGACGCUCGACGAGUUCCCCGGACUGCUCUUUGAACGAAGGGUACCCUGUCCCGCGUGUAUGGAAAAGAAGCCCGGGGACCCCGCGGCAUGGGGAGGACUCCCUCUCGAGAUGGUGGAAGACAAAAGGUCAUGCCCGGGAGACCUGCCCAUGUGCAAGUACAAGUGCCGGUUGCAAGACCUUCAGAAGCGACUCAUGUUCGUCGGGGAGUUGCACCCUGAAGGCGACGAGGCCGAUGGCGGAGCCCUCAGCUACCACCACCGCCGCCACGGCAGCGUGUGGGUCUCGCCACUGCCGGAGCUGGGAGUUCCCGGCGUAGUUGAUGGGGCCGGGGCGAGGAUAGGGGACAGGGACGGCGGGCCUUACCGAGGAUUCGGGGUGCCCAGAGUGGAGACCCUGUUCCCCGCGGUGUGCCCGAUCGCGAUCUACGACUGCGUGACUCAGCGAACGAGGGCUCACGCAACCGCCUUCAUCGUCAAGUCCGAGAAGGGGUACCUCCUUUCCGCCGCCCACACGUUCCUCAAGUUCAAAUUCGAAGAGAACGAUGGUGGUGGAGAAGAUGGUGAUGAAGGGAGGAACGCCCCUCGUCGAGGAAGGUGGUGCUACCACGAUGGGGUCACCCACGAGAACUGCAUUGUUCUGGUCGGGACGUUCCAGUCGCCGAGCACGACGCGGUGGGAGUUCGUUGCGGAGGCCUUGCAGCACUCCGAGCUGGUUCGGUCGAAGCUCUACUACGACAUCGGCUGGAACAAGGACCACCCUGUACUGCUCAGGAUCAAGCGCCGGUUCAGCCCGAUCCCUACCAAGGUGGUGGAUCAUCUCGUGUUUAAGGAUGUGACCAGAGACUGGAGGGCGCGAGCGCCGGGCGGGGAUGUCGUGAAUAGCACACAGGACCAGCGAUUGCGGGACCAUUCGUGGGGCUUGACUGCACUCAAGCUCGGAGAUUCGAGGCAAGUACACAACAGGCCGAAGGGCGACGUGGAGUACCUGACCAUCUACCCGGAGGCCCUCCUGGAGGUGCUCAAGGAGGAAGACAACGACGUGUGCAUGACCAUGACCGUGUUCCCGCAGGAACUGCUCACCCUCGUGGCCUUCCCGGAGCACACCGCGCCCUACUUCUCCUCCAUCUCCGUCACGCAUGGCCCGGUUGCGCGAAACAUGGUCGGUCAAGACGUGAUCGAGGUCCUGCUUUCCAAUCAUCCCGGUGCUAGCGGAGGCCCCGUGGUCGACAAACGGGGAGAGGUGGUCGGCAUCCUCAGCCAAGGGAAUCAGUUCGGCGCGUACGUGAUGGGGAUCUCGACCGCCAAGACCAUCUUGAACGCUUCCACGCCGGACCUGGAAACCAUCUUCACGGACUACCCUUUGAUGCAGCGGUGCAAAGCGCAACACGCUGCCGACGUUGUCCACGCGGCCGCCCUCCGUGCCGCGGCGAACGCCGCCGCUUCAGAUAGGAGCGCUGUUGCUGUUGCCAACGGUGGGGGGGACGUAAAAAGGAGAAGUUGAUUAAUGUGUUUUGGGUUACUUGUUUUUCGUGAGUUGUUUUCCGCUUUUUCGAGGUGAAGUGAGGCGCCGGUGGUAAUGCCUGAGAGCAAGCAAUUGGUGUACCACCGGUCCUGUCAGCACUAUCACAACGAACGAGAACUUUCGUUGUGCGGGCGAGUUGGUGUGUAUUUGAGGUCAGGGGAGAGGCGGGGGGUGGGGAUGAGGGGGCUACUUAGGGCUCAAGUUCACGUGAGGAGGUACGCCUGAAUCGGGGUUUGUUGGUACCACCUGAGAAGAAACUGUUGUUGUCGUUGUUAUUGUUGCUGUUCUCGUCGUCGCAAAUGUUUAUGUUCUGUUCACAGUGAACCAUGACCCGGUUGUGCCUGUUACCAAGCACUUGUUGAAUCCGUUUUCCGUGGUAGUGUGCCAUUCCGGCCGGUCGCAACCGAAAUUUCCAAGAAAUUUCCACGGGGUAUCCCAAAUACUUGGAGGAUGACACACAACACAAGAGGAAGUCCUCUGCCACCCACUGGACUGAAAGAACUUGGACCCGAACCGAUGGAGGUUGCAAUGGAUCCACCUCCAGUUGUACAGGGCUUCGCCUUUUUCACCACCUUUGAGUAAAUAUAGCUGCGACUUCUGCUACCGCUGGCAGGUGUUGCAUUUGAAGCACCGCGUAUAAGUCCUCUUUUUUUAAUGUGCAAACCCAGGUGGAGCGUCGUCGUGACUCUAGGCAAACCGUCGUUCUUGCCUGCAAAGUUUUCAACAGGAGGCGUUCGUAUAUUUGUUUUUCGGGACGAGGGGAUCCUGGAGCCCAGUUAUGAUACUUGUUUUUUUCCUGACUCAGUUUUUUGGAAUAGCAUUUGCCUCUCUAUAGGCGGUGGUAAUGAGGUGGCCGUUUGUUUGUUACCCUUAGCUGGGGUAACGUCGGAUUAGAUUUGAAGAACAAGGCGUGCAGGCUUGGCGGGGCCAGUGUUUUGCGGCAUCAUGGAUACCACGUGCUUCUAGCAGCUGCUCUCUUCAGGCAGCUCCGAGUAGUAUUCUACUCUCCUUCACGAGCAAGUACGGCAGAGGCUAUUGUCUCUUGUCUAUCGUCUGGCUGACUGGAGAUAUGACGAGUGACGCUCAAGACAGAUAUGAAUACAGGUCCAAAGUGGUUUGGGUACAGGGAAACUUUUAGGUGUUAUUUCACUGGAUGGACUGGAAAAGAGACAAGACUUAGCGAGGGAGAGGAAGACUUAGAGGGAGACAGAGAGAAGAAAAGGGCGGGGGGUGUACUCAAAGUCGUGC